AUGGGUUGCUGUGCAACAAAUAAUAAUUAUAGUUAAUAAUUACACCUUAUCAGAUAUUAAACUUUUACAGAGUUCGACAUGUGUUAUCCAUAAGUUUUAUUGGAAUAAUUUAAUAAAUAACUUGAUGAGUUAAUAAUCAUAUAAGAGGAGAUGAACAAAUUUAUCACAACUUCCGAUUUUAGUGAGGAGGAUUUUUUAAUUACUUGCAGGAAUUUUUUUGAUAGGUAUUUUUGUUUGUUAAAGACAUAUCACUCUUAGAAGACAAUAGAGGAUUCUAUAAUAAUUGAACAAUUAGGAAAAAUGCGUGAAUUUAUCUCUAAUGUACAAAAUGAGAUAAAGUCAGCAGAUGUUGAUUUUGAAAAAUGGGAAUAAGAAUUUUUGGUUAAUAUAAAUUGUCUUGAACAAGAAUCAGGAGAAUUGGGUGAAUUUUAUAUUAUAGCAAAGAGCGAGCAAAAUUUAAUAAAAAUAAUUACCGUUUUGGGUAAAUUUGAUGAUAAAAUUUUAAACUUUCAUUAGGCAUGGCUCUAAGAUUAAAUAUCAUAAUUACGUGAAAGAUUAUUUCGACAAAGUGAAUAAGUUUUAUUGAAUUACUCUAAUUAUUUAAUAAAUUAUCUGAAAACAGGAAAUGAUAAAAAUCUUUAUAAAAACUUACAGGAAUUAUCUAAGCUAAGUGAAGUAAAGGCAAUUGAAUAAUUAGGAUAUAGAUUAGCAUAAUAAUUGUUGCAUUUAAGAGAAAACGAAUAGGAUAUAUUGUUCAAAUCAGAAUUUUUAGAUAUUGCAUAUAAUUUACAACAAAGUUUUACCUAGAAUUACGACAAAUACAUAAUAUAACCUGUAAUCGAAUAGAUGGACGAUUUUUUGAUUUAAGAAGAGAUUUAAUUGUCAUCAUUGACUAUAUUAUUGGAAGCAUUUGGAUUAGCUAAGAUGGAGAUAUUUGACCAAGAAUUUUAUUGUUUUCACAUUCAUAAAGCUGAAGCAAGUAUAAAAAAUAUGAAAGAAAUGUCAUAAACCUUCGAAUAAACAUUUACAAAAUACUAAUUGCAAUUUAUAACGAAGUAAAAAUAAAAUCUAUAACAUGCUCUACAAAUUUUUGAACCUUUUUAUUAAUUAUCAAUGAAAAAAAUAUCAUUAAAAAUAGCAGAAUAAAUUAAUUAAUAUUUUUCAAGGCUUGAAUGCAUUACGCUAAUAUUGAAUGCUAAAAAGAGGCAAGAGUAAAAACUCUCAGUUUUCAUUUAAAAUUAUGGAUAAAGGUGUUCUCAAGAUUUACUUGAACUUCAAAAGAAUUCCAAUAAAUUUUUAGAUCUCAAGGGUCUCAAAUUGAAUUAAUCGACUGAUUAAGUCACCUAAAUGAUACAAGAAUAUCAGGUGUCUUUUUAAAAAAUGCAAUAACUCUACUUAUGCAAUUUAGGAGCUCACAUUACUAAGGAAGCUGAUGAAAUUUCUUAACUGACUGAAGAUAAACCUAAUGAAUAGAAGAAAAGAAUUGAUUAAUUAAUCUAAAAUAUUGAUAUUGCAAUAUUAAAUGCUAAGACUAUUAUGAUUAAAACAGAGGACACAGACAUGAUUGAAAAAUAAUUGACUAUCGCACUUGAUAAACUUAUUUAUAAUAAAGAUUCAAAGAAGAGAGCUUCUUAAUUAAGCGAUUAUGCAUUAAAACAAAAACAAUAGAGAAAAUCAACAACUGUUAUUAAUUCACCUCAUUAAGAAACAAAUAAUAGCAAAUAAAUUAGAUAAAGCACUCCUAAAGGUGUCAUUGUAACAACUUCUAAUAACAAUUAAGAACUUGAACCAUGGGCUAAAUUAAAAAGAAUUCCAUUAAAAAUAAUCAGUUAAUGUGGUAAGUGUGAUAGCUAUGCUCCAUAUUAGGUAAAACAUGAAUUGUGUUAGACUGAUUAUUUUUUGGAUAUGAAUGGUUUUGUUAGAUGUUCGAAGAGACUAAUUUCAUCUCCAAAGGAGAAGUCCUGCAAGCUCAAACACAUUACUGAGCAAUUAUUUGUUUGUCCAUAUUGCAAGACAAAAUUUCAAUUAAAUUAGUUUCACAAGUUCAUUUAAGCAAUAAUAAAGGGCUUAGAUUAUGGCAACUUGCCGUUUGAAUCUAAGGAUAUCUUAUUAUUUUUUAGAAGAGUUUAUGAGGACUUUUCAAAAAUAUAUUAUAAUUACUAGGUUCAUCAACAGAAGCCAAGCCCAGAUUCUCAUCAAUGA